CUGGUUCUCCACGUGCUGCCAGCAGCGCUGGAGCUGCCCGAGUCAGACCGCUGUUCUCAGCUGCAGCCAGGAUCUGCCACCGGCCCCGCUGGGAUCCAGACAGGCUGCAGAAUGUUUUGCUCCAGCUCAUCCCAGCCUGGCGUGGGACAGGGAAGAGAAAUGACUGCAGUGGAGUCAGUCCAGGGGCCGGUGACCUUCAAGGAGAUGGCUAUGUAUUUCACCAGGGAAGAGUGGGCUCUGCUGGACCCCACUCAGAGAGCCCUCUACUGGGAUGUCAUGCAGGAGAACUAUGAGACUGUGACCUCGCUGGGCCAGAGAAUAACAUCCAUGUUUCGCUGCAGAUCAUCUCGUCCUCCCAGGGGCAAGGAAAUGGCUGCAAUGGAGCUGGCUCAGGGGCCGGUGACCUUCGAGGAGGUGGCUGUGUAUUUCUCCAGGGAAGAGGGGACUCUGCUGGACCCCACUCAGAGAGCCCUCUACAGAGAUGUCAUGCAGGGGAACUAUGAGACGAUGGUCUUGCUGGGUAAGAAUUCCUGUCCCUUCUGUUCUUGGAAGGGGAAAUGAAGAGUGAA